AUGCUUCGUGCCGCGACGCGAACAGUACGGACACACUGUCGACGCGCACCAUCAGCCCUGCGACUGCGAGUAGCCGCCUCCCUCUUCCCUUCCGUUCCCCCACACCCUCCUCUUCGAAGUCUUCCCUCGCGACAACACCGUUCCUUUGCGUCGCGAGCGAUCGUGGAGCCUGAAGAAGAGGAUGAGGGAACAUCUGCCGACGUGCUGCCGCGAGCGGAGCACGCCGUCAUCAGCACCUUCGACCUCUUUUCGAUUGGCGUAGGCCCGUCCUCGAGCCACACUGUCGGUCCCAUGCGGGCGGCAAAGAUUUUUGUCUCGGACUUGAAGGAUCUCGGCAUCCUCGAGAAGGUCCGGAAACUUAAGAUAGGGCUGUACGGCUCACUGGCGGCAACGGGGAAGGGCCACUUGACGCCAGAAGCGAUCAUGAUGGGACUUGAGGGGAGUGACCCGGAGACGAUUGAGACAUCGACAGUCAACUCUCGCUACGCUGCCAUCCUCGAAACAGGUCGACUACAGCUCAACGGCACGCACACGAUCUCCUACUCGCACGACAAGGACAUGCUCUGGCGCAUGGAACCCUUGCCUGCUCACCCAAACGGCAUGCGCUUCUCGGUCUUUGACGAUGAGGGGACGCUGAUGGCGACGAACGAGUACUUUUCGGUCGGAGGAGGAUUCGUGGUGAAUGAGCAGACGCAAGUCGACGAGAAUCUCUACUAUCGCGGCAUCCACAAGCAAGAAGUCGCCGAGUCUCGCCGAGACCAAGCGCACGGUCUUCCGCCCGGCGCCCUCGCACCCCUCGCGCUUCCACCAGCAGAGAACGCUCCUUCAACCAACGCACCCGUCAAAGCCGAGCAACCUCCGCAACAUCAGCCUCCAUACCUCUUCCGAAACGCAGCUGGAUUGGUCCGCCUUACCCAGCAGCAUAACCUUACGAUUGCCCAGCUGGUCUGGCAAAACGAGCGCGCCUUCCUCUCCGACAGCGAGAUCUCCGAAAAGCUGCUCAACCUGUGGCGAGUGAUGGACGCGUCCAUCCAUUCAGGCGUCUCGUCGACCGACCCAGAACUGCCCGGCCGCCUGCGCGUCCGCCGACGAGCGCCUCACCUUUAUCGCCGCCUCUUCAAGGGCUUCUACCCUUCCCUUCUCCCCUCUUCCGCCGACUCGAACGCCGCCCUCCCUCCGCCACCUCCAUCCGCAUCACAACCCCUCACACUCGCUCACGGCUUCAACUUCUCCGCUCCUCCUCCUGCCUCUCGAACGAACGGCGCGCCUCUCGUCGUCGGCUCGUUCGAACACCCUCUUCCGCCUACACCGCGCACGAAGGGUCAGUUCCCGGCGAUCGAUUGGCUCAGCUGUUAUGCUAUCGCCGUCAACGAGACGAACGCGAGCGGAGGAAGGGUUGUUACGGCGCCGACGAACGGCGCUUCUGGCGUCAUUCCCGCCGUCCUCAAGUACCUCAUCGAGUUCAUCUCGGACGACCCGGAGCGCGACAUCAAGACCUUCCUCCUCACCGCCUCCGCAAUCGGCAUGCUCUACAAGCGCGGUGCGACCAUCUCCGCCGCCGAAGGAGGCUGCAUGGCCGAAGUCGGAGUCGCAUCGAGCAUGGCAGCGGGCGCCUUGACAGCCUGCAUGGGCGGAACGCCGUCGCAGAUCAUGCAAGCCGCCGAGAUCGGUAUCGAGCACUCGCUCGGCUUGACCUGCGACCCGAUCGACGGACUUGUCCAGGUCCCAUGCAUCGAGCGCAACUCGCUCGGCGCGGUCAAGGCUGUCACGGCGGCGCAACUUGCGCUUGCGGGCGAGGGAGUUCACUCGGUUUCGCUUGACGAUGCGAUUGAGGCGAUGCGGUUGACGGCGCGCGGCAUGCAUGAGCACUUCAAGGAGACGUCGCUCAGCGGGCUGGCAACGGCCGUCAAGAUUCCGCUUUCGUCCCCGGCGUGUUAG